AUGGUCAUCAACUUCUACAUUGCCGCCUGUACAGUCAUUGAGGCAUUCUUGGGUAUUUCACCACUCCGCGAUGCGAGAGCAGCUGCCAUCAGAGUCAACACUUGUGGCGAGUUUCCCACUCCCGAUGACCUUCUUCCAAUUCUCGACAUUGUCAUUGUCGCGUACUUGCCCAACGAGCAAGAUAUCGUCAAGGACCAAGUCAACUAUGCUCUCGAGGAAAUCGUCUACCCUCGUGACAAGCUGCGCAUCAACCUGCUCUACAACACUCCCAAGCCGAUUGAACCUCUGGAGACCGAGCUGAUUGAGAUGGAAAAGCAGCACGGUGGUCUGCUUCGUGUCACCAAAGUUGUCGGCUCCAAGUCCAAAGCCGACAACCUCAACUUCUUCUUCACUCUCGACACUGGUGCCGAGAUUAUUGCUAUUUUCGACUGCGAUCACUUCCCCCACCCUUACAAUGCUCGCUGGGCAGCUGAGCGUUUCAUUGCCGACCCUACUGUCGACAUCGUUCAGGGCAGAUGUAUUGUCUACAACUCCAAGGAGACUUUCUUCACCCGCAUGAUCGCCCUCGAAUUCGACAAGAUUUACGCCGUCUCGCAUCCUGGCCGUUCGCGUCUCUUCUCUUUCGGUUUGUUCUGCGGAAGUAACGGUUACUGGAAGGCCGAGCUUCUCCGUGGUCACCAGAUGCACGGUCACAUGCUUUGCGAGGAUAUCGAUUCUGCCCUCAGAGCUUACGGCGAAGGCAAGCGUGCUGUCCACGACAUGAACGUCAAGUCUUACGAAAUGGCACCGACAUUCUGGAUGGCUUUCUGGAAGCAAAGAAUGCGCUGGACCCAAGGUUGGACACAGGCCUCUAUCCGUCACGCUCACAUGAUUUGGGACAACCCUCCCAAUGGCACCCGCUGCUGGAGCGAGCGUUACGGUCUUCUCUCUCUCAUCAUUGUCCGCGAAAUGAGUUACUACCUCGUCACUCAACACACAUGUCUCUUGUUCAGUUUCCUGAUCACCGGCUGGCCCCACAGCUCGGGUGAAUUGGCAAGAUUGAUCUUCUUCCGAUACGCUCUCUCUGAAUGGUUCCUGUUCCUCACCGUCGGAAGUUUGAUCGUGACGCUAUGGAUCACUGAGAUCGUCCGUUCCGAGUUUACAUCAUUCUGGGACAUGAUCCUUUUCUCCGCAAUUUACGUGCCCUAUCUUAUUCUUCAGGGUACCAUGGCAGGUAUCUAUGGACACUUCCGUGAGAUCAUUGGAUACUCAUCUUGGAACCCUACUUCGAGAAAGUAG